AGUGAGGGAGGGAUAGCGAGGAACGUGGAGGACAACCUGUUCAGGAGGAUUAAGAAUUGGUUCGAGGAGAAGUUGGAUGCUAUGCGUUGCCGAUGCUCGCAUAGCACUGAUGUUCACGUGCCCAGACCUGCUCCACGAUCUCACUCUGACAGGAGACGCGAGCCCGAGCCCGAGCCCGACUCCGAUCCGGCGCAGCGUACAUCCUCAGAGGCCCCAUCGCAUCACCGAUCCCCUGCACACGAGUCUCCUGCACGAGAGGUGGGACAGACUACUGGUGAUGCCAUGCACACCCCGCAGUGGCAGCAUGAUCCGUUUGGUGGCCCGACUAGUUUUGGGGAUGUGCAGACUCCGCACAUGGGUGUCCACCACUUGCCCACAUUCGAGGCGUCCAGUUCUUAUGGUGGGCCACGCUACUCGUGGGCUGAGCCGGGCACGAGUUCAACAUACCCUUUUGAGCCGGCCCGUUCUUCGGCUCCGAUCCUUACUCAAGAUCAGAUGCACGAGUAUUGGAAACAGAUUAGUGGGGUAUGUUGUCGUUGCAUUAAAUUUACAAGUCAUUUAAAUUAUGUCAACAUUGUUUAACUUGUGUUGUUUUAAGUGAAUUAUAGGGAGUUUCUGAGGCAGUAGCUGUUGUUCCCCUCAGUAUUUGUGCACCAGACGUUCCACGCAGAAGCCGCCGAGAACGGAACCCGUCGGCUGCACUUCGAUCACCAUACAUGCACAGCGCCGUGCCGAGACCCAUCGACUCACAGUAUGUCGACGGGUUUGAGCGUAUGAUGGAAGCUGGCCGCCGUGGACACUACCAGACGGUGUCGGUGGCAGAGAGCGAGCACCCUCUCCCGUAUAACUUUUGGACCACUAUGCAAAACACGAGGACUGACCUCACGUCCAAUGCUGUUGAUAUGUACAUGAUGACGAUGAGAUCGAGGUUGAUGAGGGGUGAUGACUUGAUAGACGGUGUUGAUGCGAGGACCACUAUCAUAUUGGAUACAGAAUUAUUCAAAUAUUUCGAUGAUGAAUUCACGGAGUUGCUAAAAGCGUGGCGCAGUAUGUUUCCCUCGAGGGCAGAAGGACGGCUUGCCAGGUCCGACGCAGUUUUUGCUUCGUGGGAACCACAUCCCAAGAAGAUGUAUCUGGUGCAUGGGCAUGGGGUAUCUUCGACUCAUGGCUCUUGGAUGCAUGCUACAACGUUACACAUAUAUAUCUACAGUAUAAAUAUGUUGGAGUAGUUCAUUUUUUAUUUCCUCUUCACCAAUUGCAUUUGCGUGUGCAGCUCAUUUUGCCUAUACAUGUGUGUGGACGUUACAUUACAUGCCGAGUGGAUUUGCUGAGGGGUAUUUGCGACAUCUUCGAUUCGCAGUUGUUCAAGACCCUGGCGCAGAAGCGCUACGAUGUGAUCGCCGCUCUAUAUCCGCUGCAGUGCCUGUUGGGUAGGCUGCUUGACGUGUCCAAGUGGUUCGAAAGGACAGAGAUUGUCCAAAGCCCGUUGGAAAACCGUGAAUGGCGAAGGUUGAAAAUCCAAUAUGCCGAUGAGAAUGAGCAGUUUCAGCAGCCAGAUCAAUGCAGCUUCGGUGUUUAUGCGUGCAUGUAUGUGGAGCGUCUGAUAUCAGGCUCGCCGAGCCUUGCGUGGGGCAAUGGGCACGCCGCUGACUAUAGGCGCAAGAUAGGCAGUAGCAUCUAUGAGUUUUGCAUCCCCGCAUCGCAAUAGAUUAUGUAUUUCUACAUUUAAAUGAUAAUUAUGCAAAUGACGUUUUGAUUAGAGGUUGGAGUAUCUGUUUG